AUGCCGGAGAGUUCAGGUCGUCCUCCAGCCAUCCAGGGUUCUUCUAGUGGGUAUUCAGGUCAGCAGACUCAGGCUCCGGGGCAGCAGGUUAUGGUGCUUAGGGCGUGCUACGAGUGUGGAGAUCCGGGACAUCUGAGGAGGACUUGCCCCAGGCUUAGGGGUAAGGCAGUACAGCAGGGCCAGCAGCCCCAGACUCCGGCGCCAGCCGCUCAGCCACCUAGAGAUAGGGCUCAGCCACCUGCUGCAGUGGCACCCCAGCCCAGGCCAGCUGUGGAUGGUGACCCACAGAAGCUGUUAGACAGAUGGAACAGGCUUCACCCUCCAGUCUUCGGGGAUGCAGAGAGGGCGCGGAGUUUUGUCGCAGGGUUGCAGCCCGGGAUUCGGUUCAGUAUGGCUCGAGAGGGGUAUCGCCAGAGGGGCAGGGAGCAGAUACAGCAGGAUAAGAGAGCUAGGUUCUCCGGCGAGUUCAGAGCUAUUCAGGGUUCCUCCAGUGGGCAUUCAGGCCCCCAUGGUCCCCCUGACCCUUAUUUCAGUGCCAUGCCGGAGAGUUCAGGUCGUCCUCCAGCCAUCCAGGGUUCUUCCAGUGGGUAUUCAGGUCAGCAGACUCAGACUCCGGGGCAGCAGGCUAUGGUGCCUAGGGCGUGCUACGAGUGUGGAGAUCCGGGACAUCUGAGGAGGACUUGCCCCAGGCUUAGGGGUAAGGCAGUACAGUAG